AUGACCGCUGUUGGUGUAAUUAUUGGUUGGAUCUUCUUUUUCUAUCUGGCUUAUAAAAUUGCAACAAUAAAAGUUGUUGUUGAAUUAUGGGAUCCAUAUGAAGUAAUGGGAAUUAGAGAGGGUACUUCAUUGGAAGCCAUAAAAAAAACCUUUAAGGAAUUAAGUAGAAAAUGGCAUCCCGAUAAAGCUCCGCUAGAUCAAAAGAUUGAAUACGAAGCGAAAUUUAUCGACAUAUCCAAAGCUUAUAAAGUGUUAACUGAUGAAGAUAUUCGUAGAAAUUUUGAAGAGUGGGGCCAUCCAGAUGGCAAGCAAGCCUAUUCCUUGGGUAUUGCUCUUCCUAAUUGGUUGGUUGAAGCAAGAAACAGUCCAAUUGUACUUGGUAUCUAUGCUGUUGUCUUUGGAUUGUUACUACCUUUCUAUGUGGGUCGCUGGUGGUACAGCUCAAGCAGUUAUACUAAAAAUGGAAUAAGAACACACACCAUGGAUCUUUAUUUCAGAGAUUUAAGACCUAGUUCUAACGUUAAACAAAUAUUAGAUCUGUUAUCUGCCUCUAUCGAAUUUAAAGAAUUGGUGGAGCAGCGUCCUUCGGAUAAUGCGCGAUUAGCUCCUGUAAUUUCUUCAAUAAGAGAUGAGUUGGAUAAACGUUUUGGUGAAAAAUAUGAGAAGAGUAAAAGGAGAUCUAUUCAUCUUGUUACUGGUCUUCUGGAAAUCGCAUUGGCACAUCGCUGGUUGCAAACCAGUAUACGAUGUAUGGAAGUUUCUCAGUUUUUGGUCCAAGCUAUGUGGUUUCAAGAUAAUCCAUUAAUCCAACUGCCAUAUGUGACUACUGAGGUUUUUAAAAUAAUGAAGCAAAGAAAAAAGAAUAUAAGGAGUAUAGUACAAUUGCGAAAAAUGAAGGACGAUGAUAUUAAAAAUGCCAUAAAAUUAUCAAAUGACUCUGAAUACGAUAUACUUAAAAAUAUCGCUAAUCUCUAUCCCAUUAUGCAAAUUGAUAAUGCUUAUUUUAAAGUAACUGGAUAUGAAGUCAUCACACCUGGAUCUCUUAUUACAUUAGUGAUCAAAAAUAAAACUUCAUCCGAUGAAAAAAGUCCUUUAGUGCAUGCACCAUAUUUAUCGAAAGACAAAAAGCCUUAUUGGUGGAUUUUUAUGGCCGACGAUAAAAGAGAUAGAAUUAUAAUUGAGCCCACCAAAAUAACUGAUAUUGUUACAACCAAGACAUUUAAAUUCCAAUUUCCUGCCCCUCGUGAACCGGGCUUAUAUACUUAUAUUGCAUAUAUUAAGAGUGAUUCUUACAUGGGAACUGAUAUCAGAAAAGAACUUCGUCUCGAUGUAAAAGAUCUUUCUGCACUUCCUCCAGAAAAUGAAAUUGAUGAUGAUAUAUCAGAACCUGAAGAAGAUUCGUUAGCUGGACAAUUGAAACUAGCGAGAGAACAAGGACUUUACUCAGUGAUGGCUGGCAAUGCUUGCUUGGAUAAAGAUCGUUUUUUAAGUCAGAUUAAUACUGAUGAGUUAAUUAAGAUAACUCUACUAGCUAUAAAAUGA